UCUUUGACUUUUUAACCUGUUGUUGCUGCUGAGUCAGUUUGACAUCCUGGAUAUAUCCUUCAAACACAGACUGUAGACCCCUCUGUCUGCUUCUCUCAGGAAUCACUGUUUCAUUUGUCCAAAAAUGUGCUAAUAUUUCUUCAGGGAGUGCAGUUAGUUACAGUGUGGGCUCCAUGCUUACUGCGACAGCUUGUCGGACCAUCACAAAGAGGCGGGGCUUAGCGAAAGGUCAAUUCCGGCAUCUGCAGCCCACUGAAUAUGUACAGCUUCUCCUAUUGGCCCUGCCUGCGAUUUCCGGCUCAUAGACUUUAUGUUUUGAUAACAUCACAGAUUUUUAAAUCGCAAGUUUUAUGAAAAUAAAAAUUUAUAAUAGACGGAUUCAUGAUUGACCUUGUUUGCACUUUGAGAUGUCCUGUGAGCAGUUUAGGCCACAGACUAGGGCCUGACCGAUAUGGAUUUUUUGGGGCCGAUGUCGAUUCCGAUAUUAUGGAAUAAAAAAAUCCGAUAAUUGAUAUAUCGGCCGAUUAAAUUUUUAUGUUUUUCAAUUUAAAAACCCCGAAAUACCUGCUUUUGAUGGCUUAAAUAUAGUUCAAACACUCGUUACAAAGAUAUAAAUUGAAGGAAGAACAUUUUACUAUUUUCCAAUACUUUUAUUAUCAGAAAUUGUGUGGAACAAGCAGCAUAUGAACAAUUUAAACACAAAUCAAAAAUAUGAUGUGCAAAAUGGCAGUAAACCUAGUAAAUAAAAUAAUCAUGCAAAGUCUACAGGAAUUAAGACAUUCACAUGUAUGUUCACAGUACCAGAGUUCUUCUUGGUUGGCCGAUUGCCGAUUAUUCUCUAAUGGCUAUAAUCGGCCGGCCGAUAAAUCGGUCCUGCCCUACUACAGACGUCAUUCGUUAUAUUGGAAGUCUAUGGAGAACAUGCUUUUUUGGCGGGAGAUUUUGUCGCCACAAUACCACAAGAGGCUACUGGGAAAAAAUUGGAAGCAAGGCUGAGCUGCUCCUGGAGGCCUGCAGUUCCCGCAGGACCACAUUUUGCCAUGAUGACUCACACAGUCUCACAAAGCGGCUGGUAACUAAUCUAAACUAACAAAUUUCAAGUCAUAUUUUUUGCUAAGAUGGCCGGCCAAUUUAAACAACGUCAUCACGCAAUAUCACGUCAUUUAACAACUUUUAACAACUUCCCCUUAAAAUGAGUUGACAACACUCCCUGGUGUCAGAGCAGUAAUCACAGGUGGCCAUGCAUUGCAAAAUGAUCAUCACUUCCAUCAGUGCUGAGAAAACUGAUGUUCGUAUGCGUGCACCUGCGCAUGCGCGUGCACAUGCUGUUGUUAUGAAUGAAUCGUGCAGUUUUGGGAAAAAGCAUUUCUGCGCAAGACGCGCCGUUUUCUGUGUAAACCUGUUUGCAGCAGCAGCAGCAGCAGCAGCCUGAGCUGAAGUCUGAGCCUUAAGUCUCAAUGAGCACCUGUGACACUGUGAGCAGCCCCUCCCCUCCGCUCUCUCCAUGGAUGUAAUCUCUGACUUGACAACAGGUAUUUGUAAUGUCCCAGACAAAGUAAGCUGUCCAGUCCUCGGCGAGCAUUUGGCAGGAGAGUCAGAGCAGAGCACCGACAGCGCAGAGUCUCUAGAAAUCCCUGUUGAAGCAUCUGCAGACAUGGGUCGUCAAGAGCCCGACCACGCGUGGAAGAAGGACACUGAGAACAUCCAGGAGAUAUUUGACUUCAUAGAGGAGCUUGGAUCGGGGGCGUUCUCAGAGGUGUACAUGGUGAAGGAGAAGAAGACGGGCAAAAUGUUUGCCAUGAAGUGUGUGAAGAAGAAACAGAAGAGAGACCUCAAUCUGGAGAACGAGAUCGCUGUGCUGAGAAGAAUCCAGCAUGACAAUGUGGUGGGGAUGGAGGACUUCUAUGAAAGCCAGACGCAUUACUAUCUCGUCAUGCAGCUUGUUUCAGGCGGUGAGCUCUUUGACCGUAUACUGGACCGGGGGGUGUACUCAGAGAAGGAUGCCAGCAACGUGAUCCAGCAGGUGCUGCAGGCCGUUAGCUAUCUGCACGAUAACGGCAUAGUGCAUCGUGACCUCAAGCCAGAGAACAUCCUGUACUACAGCCAGGACGAGGACUCCAAGAUCAUGAUCAGUGAUUUCGGGCUCUCCAAGAUGAUAGAGAACGACAUCAUGUCGACAGCCUGUGGCACCCCCGGAUACGUAGCUCCUGAAGUUUUGGCACAGAAGCCCUACAGCAAGGCAGUGGACUGCUGGUCUAUCGGAGUUAUCACCUACAUCUUACUGUGUGGAUAUCCUCCUUUUUAUGAAGAAAGCGAGUCCAGGCUGUUCUCUAAGAUCAUGAAGGCGCAGUAUGAGUUUGACUCGCCCUUCUGGGAUGACAUUUCUGAAUCUGCUAAAGAUUUCAUCCGUAAUAUGAUGCAGAAGAAUCCCAGUAUGCGCUACUCCACUGACCUCGCACUCAGACAUCCCUGGAUUAUCGGGAAGACGGCCAGGAGCCAGGACAUCUACUAUUCCGUCAGCGUUCAGAUCCAGAAGAACUUUGCCAAGUCCAAGUGGAAGCAAGCCUAUAACGCUGCAGUAGCCAUCAACCACAUGAAGAAGCUGCAGCUGGCCCACUCAGAGCAGGUCCUGAGGCAGGCCAGCAUCCCAGACAUCAAGGUGAUCGACGUGUCCUCCCCAAAGAGAAAUCACAAACGACUUGAUCCAGACAGAAUCGACCCCAAGGUGGUGGAGGUCAACGGGAAAGUAAACGGGACAAUACACAUGUCCCUGCCCACGAGCCCCGUCGAAACCAAGAGCCACUGUCACACACUGAAAGCCGCUCACAGUCAGGCCGGACCACAUCACGCGCCCUAUAUGGCCGAGCAGGGCAAGAACGUCUACCACUCAGAGCCUGCCAACCUCAAUGGGUACGGUAAAAACCAUAACGUCAAGAGUGUACAGACGGGGGUUUGCUCAGUCAUGUGAAGGCUGCAUGAAGUUUACAUGGAAAUAAACAUUUUAACUGGUCAGUGUUGCUGAGCUGACUCAGCAUGCAGCUGUUUUGUGUCAGCAGGUCCGAUACUGUGAGCUAGAGGUGGUUGAUCUCCUGAUGGACCCGAACGGUCUGCAGGGUCCACGCAGUCAGUCGGACAUUCAUUUAUUUUUGGAAAGAGUGCCUAUGAAGUUCCUGACAACCACACAGACGCACACAAACACACACUCAGACAUUCAGACGCACAACACUCACUUUAUCUCCGAUGCACAGGGCAGUGAAACAGGGCAGUUCAGACAGUAUUAAAGGGAUGGGCUCACCUGCUGGUGAAUGUCUGGCUCAUUCAUGGUGAAGCAGCUUCUGACCUCUGAUGUCAUGAAGGCUUUGUGUCACACUUCCUGGUUCCUUGGUCAGGUGGAGUUUAAUUUAUCAGUGCACUUAGUGCCCAGCUUUAUUAGCACUGUGGUUACACAUGGUUUAGGAAUGUACACACUGCAAAAACCAAAUUAUUAAAGUUCAUGUGUAAAAUAUUCCUUAGCAAAGCUCCUAAUAAGUGCAAUAGAAAAUAUGGAAACACUGCAUGUUGCUGCUUUAAUUAUUCCAUACUGUUAUAAUCUAUUCUGGUUGAAGUUGUCUCUUAUUUUUAUGACCUUUUUGUGUUAAUGUUGUUCUGAUUUAUUUUUCUAAAGUAUUUUCUUCCUUUUUUUUUAUAAAAAAUAUAUAUAUAAAAAUAAAAAAGAGCCAUACAGACAUAAAAACAUAAAACAUGUUCAAACUGACAAAUCAUCAACAGUGUAAAUGCCACAAGUAUAUCCAUAACUUGCCAACUCAUAGCUCUCACAUGCCAUCAACCUGUUAGAAUAUAAACUGUCAUGUAUAUUUACUGUAAUAGAUGUUUCUCCACUUAUUCUGAGUGGUUCACUCUGCACAGUCUGUUGUUUGUCUCUCCAGCUGUAUGUGGCUUUGUGUCGAUGCAUUCGACAGAUAAUGAUCUAGUCCAUGUGUUAUGAUGGAAACACUGUAUGCUCAUAAAUAAAGCCUGUACAGA